GAAGUUAUCCGUUUCUGGACUGUUCUCCAAAUAGGAAUUUGAAGGAUAUCUUACAGCUCUUCUGUUGCAUGAUCAACUGUAAAUACUAUUAGUGAACAGCAGGAUAAAGAAGGAUUGUAGGCUGAGAAGUUCACUUCCUUCCUUGCUAAACUGACAUGCAUUCUUUGUGCCACAUGGACUCUGAUAUUGCAGACUGGCUUGCCAUCAUUCAUCUGGAAAGCUAUCAAGAUACCUUCAAGCAACACGGAUAUGUCUUGGUGAGAGAUGUGAUCUCUCUCACUAAGGAAGACCUACAGAAGCUUGGCAUCACUGCUACUGGCCACUCCAAAAGGAUUCUGAAUUUAGUACAACAAACUUGUCCUUUUGUGGAGAACAAAAGUGAGCAUAUGGCAGAAGAUUCCCAUUCUGGGCCAGGUGAAUGUACAUAUUCUCUGGAUAGACCUGUGAUAAAGAAUGAAGAAAUCUUGGCAAAAACUAUUUCUGACUCUGAGGCUGACCAUGAUUCAACCAGUCACCUACAACAUUCACUUCUGAAUGAAGAGUCUACUUACCCUGUAGCAAAGCCAGUACCGAAACCCAGAACUGUAUUCCCACAUGAUCACAGGGCAGCCAAACUACAGCCAAUCUCAUUGUCAAUAUUGCUACCUGUUCAUAAACCCACUUUUUGUUCUGAAAAACCUCAAGGAGCAUGUAAUAUUCAAGAGGGAUUUUACCAAGAAAAAUGUACCACAAAUGCUCAGAAGCUUGAGAUAACUUCAAAAGACCAAGUCCCUACUCUAGCUUCUCAGAGUAGGCCAAUAGAGAAUAAAUCUGAAACUGUUAUUCAGCCCUUUCUUCACAUGAAUGAAAUGAGUAGUGAAAGCAAGAGUUUGUCUAAAACGUCCUUUCCUCCUACCCCCAAAUGUUCCAGCUGUAAGAGCCAGUCUAUGGAUACCAAUCCAACCCCAUCCAUUUCAACUGCUAAGAAAAUAAAGGCAGAAACUGUGUUAAUCCCUUCUGUCCUCAUCCAGUCAGCCUCCUCAGAGGAUAAGAAAGAGAUGGUAUCUGAUGUUACUUUGCCCUUGCCAGCUAAAAGAGUAGAAAUGAAGGAGAGCUUUAGAAGUGUAACUAGCACAAAGCAUUCUGAAAUAGUCCUGCAAAAUGGAAAUUUUAACAUGGAGAAGGCUGGUUCUCUUGGACAGUUCAGCUUGGUUACACAACAUUCACCUGAAGGACUUAGUAGCAAUUCAAAUGCUGUUGAUGAGUUCAUCAGCCCCUACUGUGAGAGUAUGUUUGGACUUUGCUGGUCCACUCGGGGUCAGGAUUCAGCAACUUCUGAAUGUCAAGACUAUGAAGAUGUACGAAAAUGUAUAACAAACCAGAGGAAGGACCCCAUUGACAGAAAUUCCAGGGGAGAAGAUAAGAGUCCAUCUUCUAAGAGGGAAGCUGAUAUCAUCAGCUGCAUUGCUCAGAAGGAGGCUGAGGGCUACUCUACAGUGGAAGCUUCACCAGUCAAGCACUCCCCAUUCAGGCUCUCUGGCCCCAUCUAUCCUGGUGAAAAUUUAGAUGACUUGACUAUCUCUCCCUAUGCCAGCUAUACCUCUUUGUCAGAGCAGCCUCUCUCUGUGCUCAAUGGCUGGCUGGACAAGCUCUCUCCACAGGGGAAUUAUGUCUUCCAACGACGUUUCGUCAGAUUUGAUGGGAAAAACCUCAUGUAUUUUAACAACGAGAAGGAACCGUAUCCCAAAGGCUUGAUUCCUCUCUGUAUUAUUGGCAUGGUACGCUCCACCAAGGACAGCAAAUUCCAAGUCAUCACUAAACACAGGAUUUUUGUCUUCCGAGCUGAAAGUGAAGCCCAGCGGAAUGAAUGGUGCAGCACUCUGCAGCAGAAAGUCACUGACAAGCAGAUCCUUUGCCCCACCAGCAACAGCAGCACUCAUUUCCAGAAGCGUGGCUAUUUAGAACUCAAAGGCUACAAAUCCAAACUGUUUGUAAUUCUUACCCUGGGUGAGAUGUGGCUGUACAAAAGCGAGCAAUUCUUUAAAAUGGGCAUUGCUAUCUGCCUGAUUGAGAUGCACAGCUCCACUAUCCGAGAAGCUAAAGGCCGUAAUUUUGAACUCAUCACCCCAUGCAAGAUCUUCAGUUUUGGAGCUGAGUCUGAACGAGAGAAGCAGGAAUGGAUGGAAGCUCUUCAGAACUCUAUUGCUGAGACUUGGUAUGAUUAUGAGGUGGCUGAGAAGAUCUGGUCUAACAAAGCUAACAGAUUCUGUGCUGACUGCCAUGCACUGAGCCCUGACUGGGCUUCCAUCAACUUGUGUGUGGUGAUCUGCAAACAGUGUGCAGGUUUGCAUCGGAGCCUGGGUUCUAGCAUUUCUAAGGUGCAGAGUCUGAAGCUGGACACAAGUAUUUGGAGCAAUGAGAUGGUCCAGCUGUUCAUCAUGCUAGGGAAUAAACAAGCAAACAAAUUUUGGGCUGCACACCUCCCAGCUUCUCAAGCCUUGUACCCUGAUGCUAGCAUUGAGCAGAGACGAGAUUUCAUCAUCUACAAGUACCGUUAUGGACGCUUCCGCAUGCUACACCCUCAAUAUAACAGUCAAGAAAGCAUUUUGCAGGCUCUAUGUGCAGCUGUGUCUGGGCCAGGAUUGCUUAAAAAAAUGGUGCAUUUUUUUGCAAGCACCAUGGCAGCUGAAGUGGGAGGUAGCUGUGUUACUUUGGAAGCUAAGCCCUGGCCCAGCAGUGGCCAUAGUCAACAUCCAGAAGGGAUCUACAAUGAAAUCACACAACCAGUUGUCCAUUGUGGUUACUUAUACAAAGCCCCAUCCACAGCCAAAGUGAUUAAGAGAAGCAGAGAUGAGUUUCGGAGGAUCUGGUGCUCACUGGAAAAGUUUUUCCUCUUCUAUGAAACUGAAAGGAGUACUGAGCCAACAGGGAAGAUUGAAGUGGCAGAUGUGAUUUCAUUGGCAGUGAACAGAACAGACAUGUUGGCUACUCCUGGCUCUACAGACAGGUUCUGCUUCAUGCUAGAACUGUAUCUGAGCAAUGAACGAAUACAGCAGUUGGUGGCUGAUGAUUCCAGUAGUCUACAGUCCUGGGCCAAUGCUGUUGGCAAGUGGUUCACCCCUCUCAGUUGUCACUGUCUGCUGGGCUAUGAAUUCCAAAAAGUAGGUAGACUCUGCUACAAAUCCAUGUUAAAUCCCAAUCAGUGGCUUCAAGGUUUCUUCAUCCUGCAGAAGUUUCACCUCUUCAUCUGUCCAGAAGAAGAGGGAGCAGUUGAGGACAGCAUCAAUCUGCGGCAGCUUCAGGAGCUCAGUAUUGUUCCACUUGCUGAUGGUCCAGAGAAAAAAGAGAUGCUGAUCCUGGUGGAAAUGGGCAGGACAUUCUGUCUUCAAGGGCCAUCACGGCUAGACUUUUCAGCAUGGUGCAUAGCUAUUCAGAAUUCAGCAGGAAGCCAAGGGAAUGCCUUGCAAGACCAGCAGCUCAGCAGGAAUGGCAUCCCCAUUAUUGUGAGCAGUUGUAUUUCCUUUAUCACCCAGUAUGGGUUGCAGCAUGAAGGUAUUUAUCGAAAGAAUGGAGCAAAAUCUCGUAUCAAGAUUUUGAUGGAGGAGUUCCGACGAGAUGCACGAAACGUCAAAUUGCGGAUCAGUGACAAUUUCAUUGAGGAUGUAACAGAUGUGUUAAAGAGGUUUUUCCGGGAGCUGGAGGAUACUAUCUUCACUACACGUUUACAUCCCCAGUGGAAAGAGGCUGCAGAAAUUUCCCAGAAGUCCCAGCGCCUGGAGAGAUACAAGGAGCUGAUAAACCGCUUGCCCCAUCUCAACCGCAGAACUUUGGCUGCUUUGAUUGGCCACUUGUACCGGGUCCAGAAAUGUGUCAGUCUCAAUCAGAUGAGCACCAAGAACCUCGCUCUGUUAUUUGCACCCAGUCUCUUCCAGACAAAUGGAAAAGGGGAACAUGAGGUCAAGGUGAUGGAGGACCUGAUUGGCAACUAUGUUCAUAUUUUCAAUAUUGAUGAAGACCAGGUGUUACAGAUGGACUUGGAGAACAGUUUGAUUACUACCUGGCGGGAUGUGAAGCUCUCACAGGCGGGUGAUAUCAUCCUGGAGGUAUACCUGGAGCAGAAGAAUCCUGACUGUUGUAUUACUCUUAAGGUUUCCCCCCAAAUGAGAGCAGAAGAACUGACAAAUCAGGUGCUUGAGAUGAGAAAUGUAGCAGCUAGUCCAGAUCUUUGGCUGACCUUUGAAGUUUUAGAUAAUGGGGAGCUAGAGCGUCCUUUGCAUCCCAAGGAGAAAGUUCUAGAGCAGGCCCUACAGUGGUGCAAGUUGCCAAAACCUAGCUCUGCAUAUUUGCUUGUAAAAAAGGUGCCCAUCAAGGAAGGAAGCUGUCUUUUCACAGAUACUAAACGUGAGAGCCCAAAAUAUGGUCUUUUGAAAUGCCGUGAGGAAUUGGCUAAGCUACUGGGGAACAAAUUUCAGGAACGCUACUUUGUCAUCAAGGACCAAAAGUUGCUUCUGCUCAAAGAGAAACAGGACUUACGCCCAAAGAAUUUUCUUUUGUACCCUGCAAGUAGCAGCAACCUUAACCCUAACCUGCCAUUCAAGCAGUCGUCACAUCAGGAGGUCUGCCCAUGUGACUUUCCCCAAGGGUCAUCUUCAACAGCCAUGUAGAUGACAGCAGAAGCCACUCAUGUGACUUCCUCAGGAUUAGUUGGUUGUCCUCAGUCUCCUUGGAGAGCUGAGGGAGUUGAAGAACAGGGGAGACAGCAGUGUCAUGGAGAAAAGCAUGAGGAAGACAAAGAAAAUUCAUGAGGAAGAUAAAAUUCCCUGGAAGACAAAAUUCACGAUGAUCUUGAGGAUUAAAGGAAAGGACUAAAAGAAUGAAAAUUAUCAGAGGCACUUGGGAAAUAAAAUUCUUUGCUUAGGAAAUAAAAAUCAAAUGUACCAGUAUAGG